GUCGGGAUUGUUCAGACUGAAGCAGAAGACGACAAGAUACAGGAUGCUGACGUAUCCAGUUGUAUUGCUCUCUCUGCUGGUCAGGACGGCGCUGACAGCAGAGUACGUUUGGGGAAGAUGCCCUACGCCGCCAGCUAUGGAAAAUUUCAACAUGGCAAAGUUCAUAGGGAGAUGGUACGUCAUUGAAGCCUUUGACAAGGGUGAAAAAUGCAUGACAUGGACCGUCUCUGAGAAGGACUCUCCCAGUUCUUGGCAAAUUGUCGAGGAAAAAGAAAACGGGAUUUUCAGCGCGGUGGGCCUCUCGCACGCUUCCUUCAACACUGGGACUCUCACACAAUCAGAUAAGAGGAAUCCUGGCAGCCUCAGGAGUUACUGGCCAAUGUCCGGAAUUGCAGGAGAUGGAUCAUUCACGGUACACACAACAGACUACGAUAAUUAUGCAGGUGUCUUUGAAUGUCAGAAUGUUGGGCUGUUCCGCAGACAGAACGGUUUGGUCCUCUCUAGAACGCCUGUGUUAAGGAUCGACCUCAAGCAGAUGGCUCGAAUUCUGGCUCCUGGCAUCGAAGUGACCUCUUACAGCAAAGUCCUGCAAGGAAAUUGCAAGUACAGAAAAUACUUGGAGAGAACUGACAACGUCAUUGUCCUUAAAACGGGAGCUGCUGACCAUGGCCACUAAAUUUUAUUCACGUAAGGAUUUUAAGUACAGGCAUAUACUCUCACAUGAAAAAUCCUAGUAUAUUUAAGGCCCCGUCCAAACGGCCGAGCUUUGCUCGACGAACUUUGUUCGAUGUGACGUCAGAAGCAAAGAAACUGCGGUAAAGUUCUGACUUUUCCCGCUGUUUCUCCGCUUCUGACGUCACAUCGGACAAAGUUCAUCGACCAAAGCUCGACCGUGUGGACGGGGCCUUAGAGAAUGGAAUCCAUGCGUGAUCGGACCCGUGUUUAGUCUUCCCCUCUAGUCUUCUGUAGUGACAGUAUAGUAAGACUCAGUUUGGCGUAGUAGCAAAGAAGCAAGACUCAAGUUUUCUAAAGUAUCAAAGUAGCAAAAUUUAUUCUUUAGAAGCAGCUAAAUCACAAAAUUCGUUCUUCAGUAGUGACUAAGUAUAGUAAAGAUAGUAGCAAGGCUCAUUCUUAUGAGGUUAAACUCAUUAUUGUCUAGUGACAAAGUAGCAAAAAUCAGUCUUGUGUAAUGACUCAAUAACAAAGCUGUCUUGUGUAGUAACUCUGUAACAAAGCUCAUUCUUGUACGGUGACUAACCACCAGUGCUCCGAAAUCUUUCUGAGACUGAAAUGUUUAGCACUUCUUGAAUUAUAUUUAAUAUAUUUAGAUGUUUAGAACUUCUUGACUUGUAUUUAACAUAUUUAUAGAAUGGUUAA